AUGCCUUUUGCCCUGCAGAUCAAAGGGCAAAGCGUUGACGACUUUAUCUCACAGGCACAGGAUCGAACUCGCAAUGCAAAGGCUCGCUCUGAACUUGCUGGUUUUAACAUGUGGAAAGAACAGCUGCAAAGUGACCAAGUGCAGUUUGAAGCUAGCAAGAUCAUGAGCGAGAAGGAGAGUGCCAAGAAGCGGGCGCAGCUUGUUUCAAAGCUGGAGGACGCUCACAAAAAAGCUUGGGAUGCAGUUGGUUCCUACAUGAGUAGCAACCUCCAGUUCUUUGAAGGGAGAGCCAUUGAAGCCGAGAGUACGGUGUUGCCAGCACUGUCAACAUGGAUGACGGAAACACUGGGAGAGAUUGCGGAAGUCCGCAGCCCGGAUGACCACUGCAUCUUCCUCCUGAUCAAUUUGCCCACGGCAGGUGUGGUUCCAGCCGCGAAGAGUGAUUUUUUUCUCACGGCAGUGACGAAUAUUCUUGCAAGUUACAGCAAGAAUUCCAUUGCCAUUUUUGUGCAUGGCAACAGAGCUGGCGAUGCUUCUGGCAGGAGAGGUGUCAAAUCCGAGAAAGUUGAGAAGGACGAGAUGGACGAGGACGUGAAGGAGGAGGACGAAGGGGAAGAGGAUGAGGACGGCGAAGGUGAAGAAAACAUGGAAUCCCCAGAGGAAGUGGAAAUCCGUGAGAUGAAGCAUCGACUGGAGAAAGCGCUGUCUUUGAAAGACCGUGGGCUUGUGAUCAAAGACUUGACAUGGGUAUUUGACCCAGCCAGCAUAUACGGGAAAAGAUCUGGAUGUCUGCGGGGAUUGGCUGUGCUGCACAGGGACAAGGCGAACGUUUUCAGGUCGAGCCAGGGAUGGAAGCAUGCAGUUAUUCACCAGGUGCAAAUGCUGCCACGCAAUGGUAUGUACAAACCUGAUGCUCAAUCUGCAUUGCCGCACAUGGGCAGGGCUUUCACCGAUGCUCAGGAGCUUCGACAGGUUUCUGGUGGCUGUGAUUUUGUUCGCAAAACCAUGGACAGCUUCAAGCCAGCAACAGCAAGCACCUGUCUCAUCGUUGACCUUCAUGGCUACGACUGUUGGCCGGCCCUUGCAGCUUUAGAGGAGCGCUCUGAGGGACACCGAACGAUCUGCGCCACAGUGGUACUUGACCGGUCAUCCCAAAGCCUGCAAUCACGGGUGGCCAACAAGUUGUAUGAAUCAUGCCGGGCGGGGCAUGUGGAAGUUUGUGGGUUCCCGCAGUACUCACACUUGGUGUCAGCCCUUCAAAACAUUCAAACAGAAGAGAGCCAAGUGUCUUACCAAGUGUGUGUGAAGCGUCAUGACAGGCUCUUGGUUUUGUCAGCACUUGCUUCCAAAUUUUUGGAGUGUGAAGAUCUGAAAGAUGAUGCCAAGUCUUUGAUUGAACAGCACAAUGCGAACUACAACCCCGAUGGUGAUUGGUUGGCAGAACCUGAGCCAACCAGGACUCCGAUGGAUGAUGAAACCGGGCGUCCUCACAAGCGGAUCAAGCUGGAGCAAUCAGAGCUGGCCACUCCAGAUGAUGUGGUCAACUUGAGCAAACCGCAGCGCAUGGAAAUCAACAACACAGCGGAGCUGGUUGUCGGCCAAGAGGGCUCCCCGCUUUACCUUGUCACGAAGGACAAGAAUCAGUUUCUCCAAUACCGAGAGUUGUUUCUCAGUUUUCAUUUGGAAGCGGAGAGUGGAGGAGUGCCCAGGAUGCCGCUGAAGUGA